UGGUUGCAACACAAACUGAGAGGUCACUCCAACUUUUGCCCUCCUUGCAAAUGUUCACCUCUUGGACUACGGUGGAAGUUUUUUGUUUUGGUAUUUUCAACAAGAUACUUUUAAUUAGACAUUUGAGGUUAAAUAAAGAUGUUGAGCCUAUUCAGAUUAAUUCAGCUGCCCUCAAAAGACAGUUUCUAUAUUUGGUUGUGUAUUAAUCCGGCUAAUAUGUGUGUAUUUUUCUUACAAAUGGCUCAGGUCACUGCUGUGGGCGCUAUGAUUCGCUGAAAAAGAAGCGGAGCCAGCAUGGUACGUCUGACAGUAGAUCUCAUAGCUAAUUCUAGAAAACACUUCAAAAAGAAAAGGGGCCUGUCGUUCCUGCACUACCUGAAGACCCUCACCCAUCUCUACUUUUCCAACAAGAAUAUCGAAGAAAUCGGAGAUCUGUCCAUGUGCAGGAACCUCACCGUGCUUUACCUGUAUAACAAUCACUUAACGAACAUCUGCAGCCUGGACUUUGCCUCCAACCUCACCCAUCUGUACCUGCAGAACAACAACAUCACUCACAUGGAUAAUCUCUCCAAUCUGCAAAGUCUCUCCAAGCUGUAUCUGGGCGGGAACAGGAUUGCAAUGGUGGAGGGUUUGGAGGAGCUCCGCUCGCUCAAAGAGCUUCAUCUGGAGAAUCAAAAGUUGGAGCCGGGGGAGCAGUUGCUCUUUGACUCCAGGACCCUCCUCGCUCUCGCUGACUCUCUCUGUGUGCUGAAUAUUAAUAACAACAACAUUGAGGACAUCAAAGAGCUGUCGGUGCUGAAGGAACUCCAACAUUUUUCUGCUGCGCGGAACAAAUUGCUUUUUAUUGAGGAGUUGGAGGGUGUGUUGGAGCUCUGGCCUCAGCUGCUCGCGCUGGAUUUGGGUGGAAAUCCUGUGUGCAAAACACCAAAGUACAGAGAUCGCCUCAUACCCGUGUGCAAAAGACUUGAGACUCUUGAUGGUCGGGAAAUUAACGAGCUAACCAGGCAGUUCCUUAUCAACUGGAAAGCAUCAAAAGAAGCCAAAGAGAGGAGAAACAACGAUCAAAUCUUGGCUUGGCCCCUGGCUGCUCAUCCAACAACAAACGACUUUGAUGUGGGUCAGGGUCCACAUCCUGGUCACGUCUACCGGCCCGCUAACAUGCAGGGCUGGGAGCCACUGCAGCCUCCUGAGUCCAGCGUGCCGCUUUAUCAAAGCCGGCAUUUAACUCUCUUUCAUUAGGGCACACUGAAGCCGGUCCGGUGGGUGUCCUGAAGCCCAGAGAAUCCCUGAUGUCUCGCUUCUGUUUUGUCUAAACGCCUUUUUUCCUCCAUCAUCAGCGAAUAUUGAAGUCAGUGUAGGGCCACGUACACUGUAAAUUCAUUUAUUGUGACGGCAUUUCCCCUUAAUGAUUUGAUUUCAACAGCGAACUGAAUUAAUAACCCUAAUCCCGCCUGUUUUAUCGCUGAUUAGAUUUUGUUUUUCUGCAGAAAUAAAUCAUUUGCACAA